CGCAAUUUCAGAACCUGUUUAAACUUUGCAUGCUUGAUCAGCUGCUUCUUGCUCUUCAUUUUCUUCACUCUGUUUUCGUUUUCUCCGACACCAUGGCCGCCUCCGUUGAUCCUUUGGUCGUCGGCCGCGUGAUCGGCGAUGUGGUCGACAUGUUUGUCCCGACUGUGAACAUGUCUGUUUACUUUGGUUCAAAGCACGUCACCAAUGGCUGUGACAUCAAACCCUCCAUCGCCGUUAGCCCUCCAAAAGUGACCUUCUCCGGUCACCCCGGCGAGCUUUACACCCUGGUCAUGACUGAUCCCGAUGCUCCGAGUCCAAGUGAGCCUAGCAUGCGAGAAUGGGUUCAUUGGAUUAUGGCUGAUAUCCCUGGAGGAACGAAUCCUAUUAGAGGAAAAGAGAUACUGCCCUACGUCGGACCAAGGCCACCGGUGGGAAUUCACCGUUAUAUUUUGGUGCUGUUUCAGCAGAAGAUGCCUAUGGGACUCGUGGAUCAACCCCCGACUCGAGCCCAUUUCAACACUCGCUAUUUCGCAGCGCAGCUUGACCUAGGCCUGCCCGUGUCCACCGUGUAUUUUAAUUCACAGAAGGAGCCGGCCAACCGGAGGCGUUGAACGUUGGCGUACUACAGAUGCUCCGGUGGUGCGAAGCUAGCUAAACUAUAGUAGCAAUAAAGGUGGAGAGCUAGCCUAGCUUG